CCCAAAAACCCGAACCCCCCCCUAAAAACACCCCCAAAACCGGCCGGAACCCCCUCCGGAGCCCGCGAUGGUGUCGCUGCUCUGCUGCGGGCCCAAGAUGGCGGCCUGUGGGCUGGUGCUCAGCGCCUGGGGCGUCGUGAUGCUGGUGCUGCUGGGGAUCUUUUUCAACGUGCACUCGGCCGUGCUCAUCGAGGACGUGCCUUUCACCGACGAGGAUUUCAAGGAUGGCCCAGAGCGGCUGUACGGGCUGUUCGAGCAGGUCAGCUACAACUGCUUCAUCGCCGCGGGGCUCUACGCGCUCCUGGGGGGCUUCUCCCUCUGCCAGGGGCGCCUCAACAAGCGCAAGGAGUACAUGGUGCGCUGAGAGACCCCC